AUGGCGCAGUUGCCCUCCAUCGCUAUACUCGAUCCUGAUUCGAAAACUCUGCUCAACAGACUUAAUAUUCGACUAAAUGAGAUUGAUUUGAAGCUCAGUAUCGUACUUGAAUUACUCGCUACGCGCUUACCAGAUCAGAGACUUACUAGUAUAUUGGCCUCUCCACCUCAAACUCUCAUAUCAGAAGCUUCUCCACAAAGUUUUACAGCAAUGGCGGGAAACUCGACUUCAGAUAAGACAACCUCACCAAAGAUGGAAUGCAAAGAUGAUUCUGAUGGAGACCUAGAUAUGGAAGGGGAUAAUGAAAAUGAUGCAGAAGAGGAUUUUUGCGAACAAGAUCAAGCAUCUAAUGCCACAUCGAAAGAGCAGGAUGCCAAAACUUCUUUUUCCGAUGGUCCAUUCCCGGAAGGGGCUGUGAAAAGAGCGGCAGAAAAAGCUGCCAGAAGCUUUCAGAGCACACAACCCAAGGUAUUCGCGUGGCAAAUUCUUCGUGAAUCAGUGACGGAUGAAGAGUUGCGCAAUGUGCAAAUCAGCUUACGUACGUUCCAUGGAGAGACGGCGUCUCAUCUUCUCACCAGGCAGCUUCCUAAGAUUCGACUUGUGGUCGAGGCCACGAUGAAGUAUUUCAAGUGGGACUCACUUCCAGAGGAAAGUCAACUGAGCAAGGCAAAGCUCAUACUCAGUCAUUUGAAAAACAACGCAAAAGUUCGCAACUGGACGCUGCGUGAGGGCAGACCAAAUAGAGUGACGACCAGUACAGCAAAUAUGGAUGUGAUGUGGAAAAGGUAUGCGACACUUCUUGGCCCUGGAGGACUUGCCGCUGCUGGCCUUCUACCUGUUCUACCAUCACUUGGUGCACAACAUUUGUGA